GCGCGAGAGUGAGUGAGUGGCUGAGUGAGUUUACCCCUAUGAGGCGGUGAGAGGCCCGGGGCCUACUUCAAAGGAGCGGGGUUGCGGCGCCUGCCACCAACGGGCCCCCUCCCGGUCCCCGGGCCCGGCGGCGCGGCGGCGGCUCGGUUGUAAGGAGGCCGGGAAGCGGGUGUCCGGCCCCGCCAUGGAGGGCAUGGACGUGGACCUGGACCCGGAGCUGAUGCAGAAGUUCAGCUGCUUGGGCACCACCGACAAGGACGUGCUCAUCUCCGAGUUCCAGAGGCUGCUCGGCUUCCAGCUCAACCCGGCCGGCUGCGCCUUCUUCCUGGACAUGACCAACUGGAACCUGCAAGCAGCAAUUGGAGCCUAUUAUGACUUUGAGAGCCCCAAUAUCAGUGUGCCCUCCAUGUCCUUUGUUGAAGAUGUCACCAUAGGAGAAGGGGAAUCAAUUCCUCCUGAUACUCAGUUUAUAAAAACAUGGCGGAUCCAGAAUUCUGGGGCAGAGGCCUGGCCUCCAGGGGUUUGUCUUAAGUAUGUCGGGGGAGACCAGUUUGGACAUGUGAACAUGGUGAUGGUGAGAUCGCUAGAGCCCCAAGAGAUUGCAGAUGUCAGCGUCCAGAUGUGCAGCCCCAGCAGAGCAGGAAUGUAUCAGGGACAGUGGCGGAUGUGCACUGCUACAGGACUCUACUAUGGAGAUGUCAUCUGGGUGAUUCUCAGUGUGGAGGUGGGUGGACUUUUAGGAGUAACACAGCAGCUGUCAUCUUUUGAAACGGAGUUCAACACACAGCCGCAUCGCAAGGUAGAAGGAAACUUCAACCCGUUUGCCUCUCCCCAAAAGAGCCGACAAUCAGAUGAGAACAACUUAAAAGACCCUGGGGGUUCCGAGUUCGACUCCAUCAGCAAAAACACAUGGGCUCCUGCUCCUGACCAAACCGAGCAAGAUCAGAAUAGACUCUCACAGAACUCUGUAAAUCUCUCCCCCAGCAGUCACGCAAACAACUUAUCAGUAGUGACUUACAGUAAGGGGCUCCACGGGCCUUACCCCUUCGGCCAGUCUUAAACGGGUGUCAGCAAGAAGAAAAAAAAAAACAAAGACAGAAGGCCUGACUUUGGGGGGUAGGGCAAGGGUUUCCUUGGAUUGCAGACCACAUCGCACGGAUCCCUGGCUGUGCCCCUCAUCCUGGAAGAAGAGGAGGAAGCAGAACAGACUAGUUUGAGUAAACUCAGUAUGCAUGUGUGAGUGCUGAACUGCAGCAGUGGUGUCGAGGCUCCCAAGAAGAAACCAUGCAGCCACCCUGGGUUCUGUUCCUUAGGUAUCAGCCUAACAAGUCAUCAGGUCACCCGGAAAGGGGAAAGUGUUUAAAGAGGGAGGGGGGUAGCCAUCUUUCUAAACAAAAAUUAUUUUGCCUACAGAGAGGUUGUAGUUUGAGCACAUGUUAAUUUUUCCCCUUUCCCACUUUUAUUUUUUAAAUAAGGGAUAAUGUACUCUUCAUAGAAUAGUGCUUGCUCUGGAUAGGGUGCAGGAUGAAAACCGCGUGGCAUGUUUGGAACUGUGGAAUCGGUGCCGACAGAGCGCGGCUGCCGUGCCACGUGGCUCCGGAAGUCUGACCCCUUCUGUUUUUCAUGGCAUCAGCCAAUGAGUUAUCACCCUUCCUCCUCUUUCUCUUUAAUCUUCUGUUGAUUUACACCUUUGACAUUUGUAUUCAGCAACCCUGUGGCUUGUUAGCAUCAGAACCUCUCUGAAGCCCAGACUUCCCUGUGUGGCCGGCAGAGGAAGCCUCGAGGACAGCUCUUGGGUGACGUGGGGUUGCUGAAGCCGAGAGGCGUCCUUCUGCACACACUCAUAGCAGUGCAGCUGGCUUUCCCUUCCAUGUUUCUCUUGGCAGAGCUGCACCGCCCUGCCUACUGCUCUUCUGGGCUCUUCACACAGUGGCUCCCCACUCGCUCUGGGAAGAGGACCCCUGUGCUGCCCAGGCGUGGGCCAUGUGUACGCACACGGGUGUUGGUGCAGCUCACCAGCAGGCGUCCCAUGGAUCUCUGUUGUCACACAACUCCUUUCCCUGUGUCCCCUCCAGUUAGCCUGUGAGUGAAGGCUGAGCUGAUGGAAGUGUGAAAACACAGCCCCAGGUGGGGCCUGUGUCACGGGGACAGGCCUCAAUCAGUGGCUACUUGAUCUUGGAAACCGCAUUUAGGUGGAAAUUAGAGGACCUCCCUGCCCCCCAGCCCGCCCUGGCAGAAUGCUCAGUUGUUGGUGAGGAGCUGGGUGAGGGCAGCCCCUCUGGAGCCAAGGCUGCAUGGCUGCUGCUCUCCUGGACUGGCGGCCUCACUGGCCCCUGUGGCUUCCAAGCAGGUUGAGAUGUGGCUGUCUCCAAGGGAAGCUUGAGCCAGGCUAGAACAGCUGUCUGCCAAAGAUACAAGAAUAUGCAAAGUCCCUCUUUUCCUCUCACCCCCUCCUUUGAGUCUUACUUGGUUUGAGAGUUGGAAACGGAUCUAGGGUGUGGUUGCAGGUCACCUGCUUAUUACCACACCCCCAUCCAGCCCGGAGGGGGUGUGAGACUAGCAGGGAGACCAGGUGAUGAGUGGCUGCAAGGGGUCGUAGAGCCUGGGUGUGGGUGAGGGUCUGCCUGCCUGUCUGUCUCUGUCUGGGUGUCUGAGUUCCAAAAAAUGUGUGGUGUUUGCUCCUCCUCAUCCUCUUCUGAGAUUGUUGUUUUUUAAAGUUUGAUUGUGGAAGAAAAAGCUUGUAUGAAACUCCCCCCUUCACCUUCCCACACCCCUCAGAGAACCAAAGGGGAAUAUCCACCCGCCGAGGGCAGUGCAGCUGGGGCUGGGCUAGAGGGCUAGAGGACGGCUUCCCUGCAGCGCCUGCCUUCUGUGUGCACGAGGGCCCCUCCCUAGCAGAGCAGAGGCAGCUCCUGUUGGUGCCCAUGCCCUGGGGCUCAGGGUGGUGGUUUGUCUGGGAGCCCUGUUAGGCCCAGGCUGCUGCUGCUGCUGGUGCCAAUCUCCUGAGACACUGCCACGCGGGAGCCCACGCAUGCCCAGCCAUCCUUCCCUCUUGAUAACCUUGAAGCAGUACGUCCUUUAGCUGCCCCUGGCAGGGUCGUGGGAGGCUUCACAAGCCCUGCUUUCCUGGGUUCCCGUCUGACCCACACAACAAGGUGCCCCUCCGUUUGCCACGAGGGGCUUCGUUGGCCACCCUCAGUGGGUGUGGUCCUGCCAGAGUGGUCCUGCUGCUCCUCCUGCUUGUAGGCUACCUCACCUGCUGAGUGUCCCACACACCUUGGCUUCCUUCCCACGAACAAGCCAUUUUUGUGUACAUUCUUGGAGAAAUGGGCUCUGCAGCGGGCCAGAGCAAGUGCAAGCCUUGGCGUGGGGCAGAAGAGGGUACGUGACUGCCCCAGGCCCAGGAAGGCCUCAGUACCAGUGGUGUGGGUUCUGAGCAAUGCCUGGGGCCCCUCUCCUCCCCUGCCUGGAGGGUCGCUAGAGGCUACCUCUCAGCCGCAGUAGUCUCUGCUCCCCUUAGAGUCUUUCCCAAGUGGUGGCCGCCUCUGGGCAGGAGCACGAUGGUGGUGUCCAGGAAGUGAGGCAGGCCCAUGCUUAGGUCAUCAGGUCUGAGGCCCGAUGGGGAGGCGGAGGGACUCGGGCUUGGGAGGAACCCGUGUGUGUGCAUGGAGUGCGCUGUUUGUGUCUGUGUGGGUUGUGUGCACAGGUGCAUGCCUUUUUUUCUUUUUGCCAUGGGGACAACUGAAUUUGGGGAAUUGUUCUGCCAGAAACAGCCAACCUUCUCCCACUGGCUGUCACCUACAGCCCAUCAAAGUCACAUCCAGCCUAGAGAAAACCUCAGUCACCAACUCCACUGGUGUGGCGUGAAGUGGCCCAGGUGGGAAGUGGGCGUAGCAACAAGGAGAUCCCCGGAUUCACUGUGAGCCCCAGCAGGAGAGGAUGGUAGGGCGGCGAGGCGAGGGCUCGGACACACACACUGGCUCCCCUCCCUGCCCUGCGCUUCCUUUCCCGCGUUUCCUGGAUGCGUGAGGAGCAGCAGUGGUUGCCCCUUCCACCUGGACAGUGGUGUGUGGAGCACACAAGCUGGGUGGGUGUUUGUGGUGGGGCCUCAUGGUGCCUAGGAUGAGAUGAAGAUGAGGAGGUUUUUCCUUACUGUAUAAAUGAAUAUUUGUAUGAUUAAAUUAACACACACACAAA